AUGGGGUGGGGGAUUGUGAGAGGCAGAUGGGCUGUUGGUGGGAGGGCAGAGGAUACAGGGGGAGGUGGAGACGGAGGGCGGAGGAUACAGGGGGAGGUGGAGACGGAGGGCGGAGGAUACGGGGGAGAUGGAGACGGAGGGCGGAGGAUACAGAGGGAGGUGGAGACGGAGGGCGGAGGAUACAGAGGGAGGUGGAGACGGAGGGCGGAGGAUACGGGGGAGGUAGAGACGGAGGGCGGAGGAUACAGAGGGAGGUGGAGACGGAGGGCAGAGGAUACGGGGGAGAUGGAGACGGAGGGCGGAGGAUACGGGGGAGGUGGAGACAGAGGGCGGAGGAUACGGGGGAGGUGGAGACGGAGGACGGAGGAUACAGAGGGAGGUGGAGACGGAGGGCGGAGGAUACAGAGGGAGGUGGAGACGGAGGGUGGAGGAUACAGAGGGAGGUGGAGACAGAGGGCGGAGGAUACAGGGGAGAUGGAGACGGAGGGCGGAGGAUACAGGGGAGAUGGAGACGGAGGGAGGUGGAGACGGAGGGCGGAGGAUACGGGGGAGAUGGAGACUGAGGGCGGAGGAUACGGGGGAGAUGGAGACGGAGGGCGGAGGAUACAGAGGGAGGUGGAGACGGAGGGCGGAGGAUACGGGGGAGGUGGAGACGGAGGACGGAGGAUACAGGGGGAGGUGGAGACGGAGGGCGGAGGAUACGGGGGAGGUGGAGACGGAGGACGGAGGAUACAGAGGGAGGUGGAGACGGAGGGUGGAGGAUACAGGGGAGAUGGAGACGGAGGGCGGAGUAUACGGGGGAGGUGGAGACGGAGGGCGGAGGAUACGGGGGAGGUGGAGAUGGAGGACGGAGGAUACAGAGGGAGGUGGAGACGGAGGGCAGAGGAUACAGAGGGAGGUGGAGACGGAGGGCGGAGGAUACAGGGGAGAUGGAGACGGAGGGCGGAGGAUACAGGGGAGAUGGAGACGGAGGGAGGUGGAGACGGGGGAGAUGGAGACGGAGGGAGGUGGAGACGGAGGGCGGAGGAUACAGAGGGAGGUGGAGACGGAGGGCGGAGGAUACAGGGGAGAUGGAGACGGAGGGCGGAGGAUACAGGGGAGAUGGAGACGGAGGGAGGUGGAGACGGGGGAGAUGGAGACGGAGGGAGGUGGAGACGGAGGGCGGAGGAUACGGGGGAGAUGGAGACGGAGGGCGGAGGAUACAGAGGGAGGUGGAGACGGAGGGCGGAGGAUACGGGGGAGGUGGAGACGGAGGACGGAGGAUACAGAGGGAGGUGGAGACGGAGGGCGGAGGAUACGGGGGAGGUGGAGACGGAGGGCGGAGGAUACAGGGGGAGGUGGAGACGGAGGGCGGAGGAUACAGGGGGAGGUGGAGACGGAGGGCCUUUCUACACGUAA